CGUACGGCUCACACAAACCUCAACUCGGAGUCGAGCCGUUCCCAUAGCGUGUUCACCAUUCGUGUGGUUCAGGCGCCCAUCGAUGCCAACGGAGCCGAAGUGAUUCAAGACGACCGCUUCCUCACGUCUAGUCAGCUGUCAAUCGUUGAUUUGGCCGGAAGUGAGCGAACCUAUCGCACCAAAAACACUGACAAUCGGCUCCGAGAGGCCGGUAAUAUCAAUAACUCACUGAUGGGUCUGAGAACUUGUAUCGAUAUAUUGAGAGAGAAUCAAAUGAAUGGCACCAAUAAAGUGGUUCCCUAUCGUGACAACAAAUUAACGCAUUUAUUCAAGAGUUACUUCGAGGGCGAGGGGAAGGUUAAGAUGAUUAUAUGUGUCAAUCCAUCCGCUGAUAAUUACGAAGAAACUGUGCAUGUGAUGAAAUUUGCCGAACAUUCUCAGGAUGUGUUGGUCUCUAAGUCUGUCAAUCGAUUCAAUUUCCAAACUAUGCCAAAACUGAUGGACAAUAUGCUAGCCGUGGAUUUGGCGGCCAUCAAUGUGGUGGGUCCGCCACUUCCCAACUGUUUCCUCGAAGAUCCUGAAGACGAUAAAGUGUUCCCCGAAUGGCUUGAAUGCUUGGAACAGAGAAAGCGAAACAAAGAGCUUAAGUUUGAAGUCCAUAAACAGAAUCAAUUGAUUGUAAGGCAAAGAGUGGCCGAAAUGGAGAGGGAGAACAUGUAUUUGAAGCAACAGUUGACUGCAUUGCAAAUGGAUUUGGCGGUCAGAGAGGGACAGAUCAAAGACUACGAG